CCCUUCUUUCCGUUUUGUUUUGUUUUACAUCUCGCCACUUUUCACCAAUCUUAGGCCCUCACAACCUUACAGUCGCUGCUUGUGUCGAGUGAUGAACCACCUCUGUCGAUUCUGUGUCUGAGCAUCCCGAACGUAUAUGAUAUUUCGGCCAUCAUGAGCGGGAGGAUCCUCUCCCACCGUCUGGUUCCGCUGCUGCGGACGGGUCAUCUUGCCCGCCAUGUUCACAACGCUGCUGCCCGGACUGGAGGCCUCUUGCGGUCGGAUGGCAGCGCCGCUCUCCGCCGACGACCUUGGCCCGUCGGCGCCAACGCCAUCCAUAAUGUGCCUGCUGUGCGGGCCAUCUCGUUCCACCGCAUUCUGCCCAAGCUGGCACUGAAGCUCGUGCGGCUGCCGGCCAUGUUUGGAGGGGCGAUGCUGGCGGGCUUCGCUUACAUUCAAUACCAAGCUACACAGGCAGGAAACUAUGCUAUUGACAUCUUCAAACGCGCGGGGGAAACGGCGGGCGGGGCGGCCUCGAGUUUAUUCCAGGAGAUUCAGAAUGUGGCGGAGCAGACGCAACGCGGGUGGCAGAAGACGACGGAGGAUGUCGACUUGCCGGAAUGGCUACAGAAGAUCUUGAGGUUGAAUGAGGAGGCACAAUCGGAUAACGGGGGCUCAGGGGGUGGUGGUAGAGGUCCGAAGGAGAGCCGGGUGGGUGGCGCGGCGGCCGCCGGUGCGGCCUCGGGCGGGGCUAUGGGAUACGAUCAAUCGGACGAGGAGGAUCCCCGCGCCGGCCGGCAGAUUGCGGAGGAUGACCAGAUGAUGCUGCUCACGCGGAAGAUGAUCGAGAUCCGGAACAUUUUGCAGAGCGUGGGCCAAUCCAACACCCUGACGCUGCCCUCGAUCGUCGUGAUCGGCUCCCAGUCAUCCGGGAAGAGCUCCGUUCUGGAGGCAAUUGUCGGACAUGAGUUCCUCCCCAAGGGUUCGAACAUGGUCACCCGUCGGCCGAUCGAGCUCACGCUUGUCAACACUCCGAACGCGCAGGCGGAGUAUGGAGAGUUUCCCGCGCUGGGGCUGGGCAAGAUCACUGACUUCUCGCAAAUUCAACGCACCCUGACCGACCUCAAUCUGGCUGUUCCGGAGAGGGAUUGUGUUUCGGACGACCCGAUCCAACUAACCAUCUACUCGCCGCAUGUUCCCGACCUCUCCCUAAUCGAUCUCCCGGGCUAUAUUCAGGUUGCGGGGCGUGACCAGCCGCCGCAGCUGAAGCAGAAGAUCUCGGAUCUCUGCGACAAAUACAUCCAACCACCCAACGUAAUUCUGGCCAUCUCCGCGGCAGAUGUUGAUCUGGCCAAUUCAACUGCCCUGCGAGCCAGUCGCCGCGUGGACCCUAGGGGCGAGCGGACAAUCGGUGUUAUCACCAAGAUGGACCUGGUUGAUCCCGAGCGAGGUCACAGCAUUUUAUCAGACACGAAAUACCCUCUUCGCCUAGGCUAUGUAGGUGUGGUCAGUCGGAUUCCUCAGACCACUGCUCUGUUCUCAAGAGGCAGCGGUAACAUCACGGGCGCCAUCCUGAAGAACGAGAACGCCUACUUUUCGCAGCACCAAUCAGAAUUUGGCCCGCAAUCGGACGUGUCUGUUGGCGUCAACACAUUGCGCAACAAGCUUAUGCAUGUCCUUGAGCAGACAAUGGCAUCGAGCCUAGCAGGUACUAGGGAUGCUAUUAGUCAGGAGCUGGAGGAGGCUACCUACGAGUUCAAGGUGCAAUACAAUGAUCGUCCUCUUAGCGCAGAAUCAUACUUGGCCGAGAGUCUAGACAGUUUCAAACACUCUUUCAAGGCAUUCGCUGAGAGCUUCGGUCGGCCACAGGUCCGUGAAAUGCUGAAGCGCGAACUCGACCAGCGAGUGAUGGAUAUUCUGGCGCAAAGAUACUGGAAUAAGCCGAUAGAGGAUCUUACCGCCCCAAUGCCGGAAUUGGAUCCUCUCAGUGACCUGCCCAAAGCGGACCCCGAAUCUCUCUACUGGCAUCGCAAGCUUGACGCUUCGACUUCCUCCUUGACCAAGCUUGGAAUUGGCAGACUUGCCACUACGGUCGUAGCCAACGCAAUUCAGAAUCAUGUGGACCGGUUGCUGGCUGACUCUACCUUUGCAACCCACCCGUACGCCCAGAAGCAGAUUGUUGAUGCCUGCAACAGUAUCCUGAAUGACCGAUUCUUCAGCACUAGUGAUCAAGUGGAGAACUGCAUCAAGCCCUACAAAUACGAAAUUGAGGUUGAGGACCCUGAAUGGGCUAAGGGUCGGGAGAACGUCAGCAAGGUACUAAAGGACGAACUCAAGGCCUGUGAGUCGGCAUUUAAGCAUGUGGAAGACCUCGUGGGGAGACGGAAGCUCAAGGAUGUGAUGUCGUUCGUUGACAAGGUCAGAAAGGGCGAAGUGGUUUUGGAGGGUGACGGCGCUGGUGGUGCUGGUGGCUUUAGUGCCGACCUAUUGGCCAGAGGCCGUGAAAGUGUCUUCCUCCGUGACCGCGCCGACAUCAUCAAGAUGCGACUUCUCGCCGUCCGCUCCAAGCAAUGUGCCUCUCAGAAGAACAAAUACUACUGCCCGGAGGUCUUUCUGGAUGUCGUCGCCGACAAGUUGACGUCGACCGCUGUGCUCUUCCUUAACGUUGAACUCCUCUCCGAAUUCUACUACAACUUCCCCCGCGAGCUCGACAUGCGCCUUGGCCGCCAUCUUUCCGACGCUGAGGUCGAGCGCUUCGCCCGCGAAGACCCGCGCAUCCGCAGCCACCUCGACGUCAUCCGCCGCAAGGAGCUCCUGGAAUUGGCGCUCCAGAAGAUCGAGAGCAUCCGCCAGCUCGACGGACGCGGCAAACGUGGGACCACUGACCGUCCAGGUGUUCGGGAGCAGAGGAGCCGUGGCUGGAACCUGUUCUAAACUUUUUAUGCGUUUGUCCAACUAGACUUCUCUUAUUCCUUCCCGUGAUAUCCGUGGCACAGGAAUCCUCUCCGUGCUACUGGGGCGUUCUCGCAUAUUCCCUCUCUCUUUGUGAUAAUUCUCUUUUGUGGCCGGGGUCGGGCUGUUAGUGGAUAGGGGUCAAUGUAUAAAUGAUGUAGAUUUUAGUCCUUCUGCGGACUGUUCGUGAAUGAACGCGUGAGCCCGAGUCCCUCUGCGAUAAUAGGUUGGCCUGGAGUGACUAUGCGCUCUAUGUGUCCAAUGGACGCUUGGUUGCGAACUACUUUUUCCAUGACCAGAAGACCACCUGCAAUCUACCGUCCUCAGGAUGCAGACGACAAUGCAAAGAUCCCAUGUCCUUGCCCUGACAUGUUCAGCGGACACCGGUGAUCGUCAAACACAUACUUUACAGUACAUACUACAUACAUA